AGGCGACAACACCGGGGCCACCCGGUGCCAGCAGCCGCUGCCAGAUGGCGGCCCUGCCCUGAUAACGCUUAUCAGAGCUGGCAGGUGCCUGGCGACUCCUGGUUUUUGCCGGUUUUUUUCCUUUUUUUCCCGUUUUUCCCCCAAAUUCCCGCCGGGAAAUUCGGGAGCGGCGCUGCCCCUUUAAAUCCGCGUGGCCGCUUUAAGACCCCCUGGUGCUCCGCGUGGCGUUGCCGCUUGAAGCGGGCCGUGGUGGGGGCCCACCCUGGGCGAGACCACGCCCAUUGGCCCCCGUUAAAGUAAACAGAGGGGCGUGGUCAGGUGGGUCGCGCCCUUUCCGGGGCCACGCCCAUCGCCCCCCUCUUAAAGCGGCCGCGCCCGCAGGGACAUCGCGGGACCGGAACCGUUACGCAGCGUCACCGGGGCCGUUUCCCCGUCCCGGCGCUCGCUCCAGCCGCGCUCUCCCGUCCCGCCGCCGCCGCCGCCGCCGCGAUGCUGCUGCUCCGGGCCAUGGCCGGCCGCAGGCUCCCGCCGCUGAUGCAGCUGCCCCGCGACUGCUCCCGGUUGGCCGCCGGUAGCGCGGCCCCGGGGGGACACCGGGGGACACCGGAGGGACACCGGGGAGAGGCCCCGGGGGGACACCGGGGGACACCGGGGGGACGCCGCGGAGCCGCCCCGGUGCUGGCGGCGCUGCUCGGGCUCGGGGCCGUCCUGGCCUACGGAGAGCGGCGGCGGAGGGUCGCCCAGGCCGCCCAGGCCCCGCCGGCCCCGCGGUACCCCCGUUACACGCGGGCGGAGGUGGCGCAGCACCGCAGCCCGAGCGAGCGCGUGUGGGUCACCUACGGCACCGAGGUGUUCGACGUCACCGAUUUCGUGGAGCUGCACCCGGGGGGAGCGGACAAGAUCCUGCUGGCGGCCGGCGGGGCCCUGGAGCCCUUCUGGGCUCUCUACGCCGUCCACAGCCAGCCCCACGUGCUGGAGCUGCUCCGCGACUACAAAGUGGGCGAGCUGAGCCCCGAGGAGGCCGCGCCGCCGCCGGCCGACACCGGGGACCCGUUCGCCGGGGACCCCCCGCGCCACCCGGCGCUGCGGGUGAACAGCCUGAAGCCUUUUAACGCCGAGCCGCCGCCGGAGCUGCUGACCCAGAGCUUCCUGACGCCCAACGAGCUCUUCUUCACCCGCAACCACCUCCCGGUGCCCGCCGUGGAGCCGGGCUCCUACCGGCUGCGCGUGCAGGGCCCCGGCGGCCGCGCGCUGUCGCUGUCGCUGGCGGAGCUCCGCCAGCGCUUCCCGAAGCACGAGGUGACGGCCACGCUGCAGUGCGCCGGUAACCGGAGGUCCGAGAUGAGCCGCGUCCGGCCGGUCAAGGGGCUGGCGUGGGACAUCGGCGCCAUCAGCACGGCGCGCUGGGGCGGGGCGCGGCUCCGGGACGUGCUGCUGGCCGCCGGUGUCGGCGACGGCGCCGGCGACGGCGAGUGGCACGUGUGCUUCGAAGGGCUGGACGCGGACGCUUCGGGGACGCCGUACGGAGCGUCCAUCCCGCUGCGGCGGGCGCUCAGCGCCGAGGCCGAGGUGCUGCUGGCGUACGAGAUGAACGGGCGGGAGCUGCCGCGGGACCACGGCUUCCCGGUGCGCGUGGUGGUGCCCGGCGUGGUCGGGGCGCGGAGCGUGAAGUGGCUGCGGAGCGUGGCGGUGUCGCCCGCGGAGAGCCCGAGCCACUGGCAGCAGAAGGACUACAAGGGCUUCUGCCCGUCCGUGGAUUGGGAUUCCGUGGAUUUCGGGGCCGCGCCCGCCAUCCAGGAGCUGCCGGUGCAGUCGGCGAUCACCGAGCCCCGGCCCGGCGCCGCCGUGCCCGCCGGGGAGCUGACGGUGAAGGGAUACGCGUGGAGCGGAGGAGGAAGGGAGGUGAUCCGGGUGGACGUGUCCCUGGACGGCGGCCGGACGUGGCGCGUGGCCGAGCUGGGCCCGCGGCCGGAGCGCGGCCGGGGCUGGGCCUGGGCGCUGUGGGAGCUGCGGGCGCCGGCGCCGGCGGGCGCCCGGCUCGACAUCGUCUGCAAGGCCGUGGACCGGAGCUACAACGUGCAGCCCGACAGCGUGGCGCCCAUCUGGAACCUGCGCGGCGUCCUGAGCAACGCCUGGCACCGCGUCAGCGUCACUGUCACCCCCUGAGGGACACCGGGGACACCGGGGACAGUGGGGACACCGGGG